GCCUUUGGAAUUUCUUCGCAGAAUGGUUUCGAAGAUUAAAAAUAAAGGCAUGAUAUAAAAUCAUAUACAAUGAAGUGUAAAAACACUUUUGAUGGGGGAAUUUGUGGAGAGGAAAUCCCCCAGUCUUCAAAGUUUUGUCUGGCUUGUGGUGGUAAAGUAGCCAAUGAAGAGGACACCACUACAAAAGCUUGUCCUCAAUGUUCAUCUUUGAUAACAAAAAGACAAAAAUUCUGUUCUGGAUGUGGAUGGAGAAUAGAUCCCACCAUAUUUUUGGCCCCUAAAAUUUUAUGUGCUGGGAAGGAUGAUGAUGGAAAUACAUGUGGAGCAGAAUUAAUACCGGGAGUGAAAUUUUGUCCAGAAUGUGGCAAUGACCAGAGCAAGUUAAAUGAACAAGCAAAUGGUAAACAUGCUGCAAGAGGUGAAUCUGAAUCUGUUCCUAUAGGAAGACAAAAAGAAGACAGUUCAAGGAAAGAUGACCUUGUAUACACAAGACGCUCACCACAACAGAGUUCAGGAUCUGGUUCUUCAAGUCGUUCAGGUAGUCCAGAUGCAUGGAGACCACCUGGUAUGUUAUCGUCCACGCCUGACUCAAUGGAAGAGGACACAGUGGAAAGUGACAUGCAGAGAGACACUGGUGGUCCUCAACAUGAACCUGAAGUAUCAGAACAUAUUGAAGAAAGGGACAUGGCAGUACAGAAUGACGAAGGUCAAGGUGAUGCAGUCAGGAAUGAGGAAAAUACCAAAGAGACUGGAUCCAUGCUUCCCGCUAGUGCUAUAAAUGAGCCUUCACAGUCACCAGUUAAUGAUCUGGACAAGAACAAUCAACAAUCAGAGGCAAUGGAAACUGAUGAAACUCAGACUGAAGAAAAUGCAACUCCUAAAAGUGACAAUACUACUGAGGAUGAUAACUUGAAUGACCAAUUUACUAAACCAGAAUGUCCUCCUCAAGGACCUUCUUUUUCAGAAUCAGGUAAUCCAGUUACUUCUAAUGAGCUAAUGGAAAUACCAGCAACAGAAACUGUGUUGACAGAGGCUGACAAAAUUACAACAAAAAAACUAGUCACAACUCCCCCUGGGAAUGAAGAAAUUCCUCCUCAUAGUUUUGUAUCUAAUAGUAUGGGUAAUACAGGUGCAAAAAAUAAGGUGCAGCUGCUAGCUCAAACUUUUGAAAAGAAUGUCAGUGUCAGAAGUCCUGAGAAAGUUAAUAAACCAGUUACAGGAUCUGAUCAGGAACAAAAUAGGGAUGAUGUCAAGAAUGCAAAUGUACCUCCUGACUCAGUUGGACCAGGAAAUGUAGAUACAACUGGAAAUAUCAAACCACCAGCUACAGAAGACCACAACACUUCAGAUAGUCAAGACUGGAAGAAUGCACCUCUUCCAGAGUCCUCAAGUAGUGAGAAUGAUGAAGAUGAAGAAGAUGAAGAAGAAGAAAAAGAAGGUGCAAAACCAGAUCCUUCUAUAAAAUCAAAAAAUCAGAAAAAGAAGGCAAAAAAACGAAGAAAAAAAGAAGAAGAAAAGAAGAAAGACAGGAAAAAACGUAAAGAAGAGAAGAACAAGACUGAAACUGAUGGGGCAUCUGAUGUUUCCAAGAAACAAGACAGGAAGGAAAAGAAGGCUAGAAUGCAGACUGAUCACAGUGAAGAUAGGAAGGUAGAAGACAUGGAACAGUUACCAACAAAUGAAGAAACAAGACCUUGUGAUAAAGAGAACAAAGAUAGGUCUAACAAUGCCACUGCUUCAGGGAGUGGAGAGCCACCUUCGAAUUCUGCAAAUGCUGGUACUCAAGCAUCAGGUCCAAGCUAUGCAGAUGCUGUAUCAACAAAUUUAAGAUCAAAAGAAAAGAACAAGCAGUUUGCAGAGGUACAUUUCCAUUGUAUAGUUUCUCCUUCACUGUGGACCAAUCUAGAAAGGGAUAAACUGUAUCUAAUAUUUGAAGACUCAACUCUCGGAGGAUGGCAGUCAAGGAGAUAUUUAAUGAAAGGUGAAAGGACAUUACCAGAUAAUUAUGUAGUUUAUUCAGGUACAGUGAAUGUACCCAAAACUAUUCUACACAAAAGACUUUUCUACAAUUAUAUCAUGGUACAUGGGAAAGGAAUAACUGAUACAUAUGAAUAUGUUUAUUCUGGUACACUUAGUGGGAGUUCAAUGUACAGAUGUCUUAAUAUUAAGAACAGUGAUUUAGUAAAAGGAGUCUAUCAUAGAUAUGAUGGGGUUGUACGUGAACAUCCCAGUAAAUAUAAAGGUGCCUGGCAGUCAUUCAAAGAGUUUAUUGGAAUAGAUGAUUAUAAGAAGGUCUUAUUCAAAGAUGCUGAGUUGGCAGGAAAAAGUUUUAAACCUGCAUGGCAGCUCACCUCAUUUAGUUCAGAUGGAAUUAAUGGUGAAGAACUGAUAAAUCAUAUAAGUCUUGUUGUUGAUGGUUUAAAGGAAGUCUAUUGUAGACAUGCAUCACUGUGGUAUCCAAUGGACUUCCAAAAAGUUGUAGGCUCUGUUAUACUGCAUCCAGAUAUUAUAAUAUUAUUGAAAAUACUGAACACAAAAGAAAAUAUAACCAAUGAGGAGCAGGUUCUCCAUAUGGUUACAUCUAUAACCAUAUCUUACCUUGUAUCAGAGUACCAAAUAGUGUUAGAUGACUCAGCUAGGAGUAUGCUAUGUGAAAGUUUGCUGCCCAAGCCUGAUGACCAGAAGAAAUUAUCCUGUGAUUUUGACACAGUUUCAUCAUUUUUUCCAACAACAAAAAAGCAAGUAACCGAAUCUGUGUUGACUUUGUCAAGACAAAUUGCUAGUAAUACAUCUAAUCCUUGCUGGACAUAUUGCCUGCCUAUUCUCCAUUUUCUACAAGGAAAAUGUGCACCUUUUCAACAAGCCUCAGCAGCAGUGAACCAUGGUGAUAUGAGGCCUGAAUGGUGGGGAAUAUCAGAAUAUAGAAAUGAUAUUGACUACUUCAAAGCAAAGACACUUCCAUGGGACAGAUCAUCUACUCUGGUAUUGAAGAAGUUAAUACCAUACUUCCAGAUGGACUUUUACCUACCAAGAUCAUUUAUAGCUGCUUUAAAACUGGAAGAAAUACCUAAUCUUAUUGCAAGUGGGAUUUUCCCUUCGGACUGUAUUCUUGCAGUCCUUUUUUACUUCAUAAAGACUUCAACAAGCUAUAAAAAAGAAAAGUUAGAGGCAAAUUUAAAGAUGCUGUUCAAUCAAGCUAUAGUUCAGAAUUUCUCAGAUGAACCAAAGGAUGUUACUUUUGCUGAUGCAUGGAGAUCAUGCAGGAUAUCCGGUGAUGUUCUACAAGAAACUUUAAAGUACAGGAUGAACAGAGAUAUUGCUGUAUUUGCCAUUGAAGCAUUCCUUGUGUCAUUAGAUAUGUAUGACAAAGCACAGGAAAAAAUAGAUUGGAAAUCAAAGGAAAUAAAAGAUAUAAAAGUAUCACAAGACAGUCAUUUGAAGAUGUUUGAACGAAUGAGAUUUGAUAUCUCUAAAUAUCUGUCUAAUCAAACAUUUUAUAGUGAGGAAUUAGCUUAUCUGGAGCGUUGGAAUGCUGCCCUAAGAGUCAAAGUACCUAAAGGGAAUAUUAAAGACAGUUACAUGAAAUAUGUGGAGGAGCAAUUGAAGAUGGAGUUACAAAGAGUGAGCUCAAGUCAGGCCUUGAUAAAGAUUUAUUUGAUUCAGAAUGAACAAUUUGAAAGUACCAUACAGGCUAUGUUGAGUGAGAUUGCUUUCAAGGCAAUUCAUGAAUUUGACUUUGAUAUGGAAAUCAUGAGAGAAGACCGAGUUGUGAUGAGAAUGGGAGAUUUGAUUAAUAGUGUUUUGGAGCGUAGCUGGGAAAAAACUCAGACCAGAGACCCACAUCAAAUUUUAGAGCAUGCUGUUACAUGGGCAUCAUUCCCAACAUUCAUUGAAAUGUAUUACAAAUUUUCCAAACAUUUGAAAGAAGAUUCUCUCCACCUUUUGGAUCGCUCCAUCAAGGUUUUGAAUGGUGCUAUUAUUCAGCUGUUCAAAGGGGAAAUAAUGGUCAAAGACAUAAAAAUAAUUCUGGAGAAACGAAUGAACUUCCAGAAAACAAUACAGUCUUUGAAAGAUGUGAAUGUUAAAGCUACAAUGAUGACAUUGAACCUUAGGGAAAAGGAAUUACAAGCUUAUACAGAAACACUCAAAAUAGUGAAGGAAUUCUUAUCCUAUUGCAUCUAUUGUAAAGCCAACACCACUGUAAUGGAGGAUCAGAUAAAAAAAUUGGACGAUUUAGGUACAUUUCCUAUCAACCGGCUUGUUAAGACCUUACAGUUUGAUGAAAUAACUGAUAUAGAGAGGCAUAGGCCAUUUGUCAAAGUCUUUGAACUAAGUCAAGACCAACUAGAUAUUCUACCAGACAUAGUAGAAUGUAGUAGAGGACUUCUUUUUACCAAAUUGUGGGAAGAAUGCGGCUUUGAAUUAAAGAAAGAAAAAAACAGAAAACUUACUAUACAAGAAGUUUUGAGUGAGGUUUGGGAACCUACUGCAAAUCAAUGGAAAACUAUUUGUCAGAGGCUGAAAAGGGGAGAUCUGUUUUUUUCUGAAUUUGAAAGAUUUUUCAGAAAUACAGAAAUUGGAAAUUUGAGAGAUGAACUGACCCUACUCGAAAGGGAAGGAAAUACAAGAUGGGUAGAUGAAAGACUUGACCAAGUAGAAAAAUAUCGAAAUUUGAAAAGUUGCGAAUUUGGCGCUGAAGCAAUACUAGAAGUGGUAAAAGCAUUUGAUUUGCAGGGAGACUUUAAUCAAAUCAUCACAAUAUGCAAAUUUACCAAAGGAGCUGACACCAAUAUGAAUAAGCUUGACAAAUCAUUACUGAAAACCUGUUCUAUUCUAAGGGAAGUUAAAAAAGAGAGAGCUGAAUGUUUGAAAACAUUUAUAAGAUGUAAACAGCUUGUUGAUUGGCUGAGAGAAUCCAUGCCAUCUGGGCUGAAAGAACUGAAGGUGUUCGUUGACUUGGCUAGUAUUUCUGCUGGAGAAGGAGACAUGGAGAUUGAUAAGGUGAACUGUCUCCACUCUGCGACAACUGGAUAUGCUCCAUUGAUAUUCAAUUUGGAGAAAGACUGCAAUACAAAGAUCUUCCUGAAUAAGUGUCAAGAGGUCUGGAAAGAAUUGUUAGCAAACCCAGAACUUCCAAGGAAAUUGAUUGAUACCAACAGACAGUUGGCAUGGUUACAGACUGUAAAGAGAUCUCAUGGUUCAGUAGAAGUUAGCUCCCUUCAACAGGCUGAAGCUAUAAACACCAAGGGAAUUUAUCAAGUAGGAAACCUCAAGAAAAUUGAAAAUCUUAGAAAAACAAACUUGACAGAAGUAUUAGAACUCAGAGUUGCCGAAGAUGAUCAGGAAGGCAAAGUAGCACAGAGAAAGCACUACAGAUAUGAUCAACUCCAUGACCUUCAGUCCAGACUGAUGUUAGUAGCUGGGAAAGCAGAGAAAGGAAAGGAUGAAGUGGAUAGAUUUAUGGAGAUUUUGGAUGGAGUAGUCAGACUUGGAAAUAUUUAUGCCAAACUAGUUGAAGAAGGUUGUGUUCUGUUCUCUCAGUGGCAUGUUAAAUUUUUGUGUGACAGAGAAAGACAUGCUUGUGCGUUCAUAUACUUUGGAUAUGGAGAAGACAGGCAUACAUUAAAGGGGAGAGUGGAUGAGUCCAGUCAAGAUGUCAGUGCUAUUAUACCGAAAAUAGCCAAAUUUCUUGAGCAGUGUCAUGAAAAUUGGCUGAGAUAUAUUGACGAGAAGAGAGAAAAAUAUUAUUGCUUGAAUUUCUUCACAAUUGAUCAGAUGGUGAUAUUACAACAAGAGCUUGUGAAAAUUGGCUCCAAUAAAGAACCGACUGCUCUCAUCUAUCCACUGUUGUCUGCUGUUAAGCAGGGAUGUACAAAAGAAGAUGUAGUGAAAGCUAUGUCUGCUGCCAAGGAUGAUGUUGAACAAAUGGAUAGACGAAGACAAGAAGAAGAAGAAACAAAAGAAAGUGAUGAAGAAGUAAUGGUAGAAGUGGAGGAACCAGAUGAAAUCAAAACCAGUAAAUUUUUACAAGAAAUGAUAACAGCCGGAUACAAUAUGGAGCUUGCAAAAGAAGCUCUGAAAAAUGUGGGACCAGAUGAUGUUGAUGGAGGUAUAGUUUGGUGCAUGGAUAAUGAAGAUGAUUUCCAAGCCAUGGAUGUAGAUGUACCAGGCAGGAAAUCUCCUGGUAUACUAGAGGAACAAGUUUUUAGACAAUUCACAGGAUGGACACAGUCAGUGCAGUCUCUGGCAUCUGUAACUGGAAGUUUAGUUGAUCACCUUGGAAUGGGAACUGGAGAAAAUAAUGUAGAAAUAUUAAUCAAAGCUCUGGAAAGUUUGUGGGACACAUUUCUUACAUCCAUUUCUUCUAGUGUAUCAGACUAUCUUAGUGUAGAACAUCUAGGGAUGAUUCUUAAUAGACUUGCAGAACAAGAAACGUUUGAAGUUGACAGGUCAUAUUUACCUUGUUUUAAUAUGGGAGAGCCAAACCUAAUUAUAUGUCGUCAGCGGGAUAUAUACAACACAGUAAUAUCAGUCUACAGCCAUGAAGAUGAUAGACCACUUCCACAAUCAGAUGAAGUGUUACUCUGUACACCACAGACUACACUUGAUAUGCUGGAAAUAUUCUGGAGAAGAUCCUUAUUUGCAGACGACAGUAAAGUUUACUGUUUAGUAAAUGCUGAUCUGCUUGAUUAUGAAGUCAGUGACAAGGGAGAGAAAUCUUUGGAAAGGCACAUGAAACAUGCUGAUAGCAAAGGAAGGAACUAUAGACUGGUCGUUAUAUGUAGCAGUGAAAAUGAAGAUAGGUCGAGGAUAGUUGCUGCCCUUGAUAAAUAUCGUAGACCACAACUUCCUACAGAUGGCAAUACUAUCAGAAAAUAUCUCCUAACAAAACUGAAAGUUGAAAGGUCAUCUACUGGAAUAAGACCUGCAUCAGCUGUUGACUUUGAAAGAUGCAGUGUAAGAGUUGUGAAAUCAUGGAGGGCAGGAGUUGGCAAAUCCUUGUACAAGAAAAGAAUGGUGACAGAUUUGUACAAACUUAUAACUAACAUUACCAGACGGAAAGCCAGUAAUGUCACCAUACCUUUACAUGAGAAAACUAUCAAUGUUGAUGAUAUAAUGGACAUUUUGUUGGAGGAGACAUUAGCUCCACGAUGUCAUGAACCAAGGAUAUUUCACAUAGAUAUUUCACAUGUUGUACAAGAAGGAGUAGAUGCUUUCCUGUUCCAGUUGUUAGUGCUCAGCUGUCUAGGUCACAGUUCAGGAAAUGUCUGGAGACGAUCAGAACUUGAUUAUUACAUUAUUGAAUCAAUGCCGUUACUUGCUAGAGAUAUGGAUGUACAGGGAGGAAAAUUGAGAUGCUUACAUCAUUGCUUAGAUAUUUUACCACAUGUAACCUGCCGAUCUCCGCAGGAAAGUUUUGAGAUUCUAAGUAACAUCAGAAGACCACUAGACUACACAGAUCAUGAUAGGCUGUUUGAUGGGAUAGAAUUCAAGAGUCCUUCAUUCCAGAGACCAUAUCAGUAUCUUAAAAGGCUUGACACAAAUUGCAGACUGGAUGACGUGAAUGCUCAGAUACCAGACGGGGAUAAGAAACAGUGUCUGAAUACAUUACUUAAACACUGUGGUAUCAGAGAUCCAUCAUGGUCAGAGUUGUAUCAUUUUGUCAGCUUUCUAAACAAACAGUUACAAGACUUUGAAGUAUCUGCUUUUUGUAGUUUAGCAGCAGGGGAAGACUUACCUGGAUUUGCCAAGUUUGUACUUAGAUUUCUGAUACAAAUGUCCAGGGAUUUUUCUACCCGGUCCCUGAUAAUGAGCGAGGAAUCACCAUUACAAAUGCUACAGAGACAGAUCAGUGACGAUGAACAAGACAAGGAGGGGGACGAUGUUAUACAGCUGUACCAGAUGAGAAGAACUUGGGAAACGAGUCCUCAUCCCUACCUGUUUUUCAACCCAGACCAGAAUAGUAUGACUUUCUUAGGAUUUAACAUAGACAGAAGAACAGGGAACCUGGUUGAUGUACAGACAAAUGCCAUUCUAGAACCAGGAAUUAUGGAGAACAAUUUGUUUGAUGCUCUGGUCAGAAACAGAGUCAACCUUGCUGAAAACUUUGAUGGUCUCCCAAGACUUGAGAAAAUCACAAAGUUGUGUAAUGUAAUGGGACUUGAUAUCAUACACGAUCCUGAUGAAACCUACGAGUUGACGACAGAUAAUGUUAAGAAGAUACUAGCUAUUUAUAUGAGAUUCAGAUGUGAUAUACCAGUGAUUAUUAUGGGAGAGACUGGCUGCGGUAAAACUCGACUGAUUAAAUUUAUGUGCAAAUUACAGCAACCUCCAGGUGUAAAUGUUGAAAACAUGAUACUGAUGAAGGUGCAUGGUGGGACAAAAGCAUCAGAUAUUAUCAAGAAAGUAAGAAAAGCAGAAGAAAUUGCCAGGCUGAAUGCAGAAGAAUUUGUAAAAACAGAUUAUCGUAAUAUGGACACUGUGUUGUUCUUUGAUGAAGCUAACACUACAGAAGCCAUUGGUGUGAUUAAGGAAAUAAUGUGUGAUAAAACUCUAGGCGGAAAACCUAUCAAACUGCACGAAAAACUGAAAAUUGUGGCUGCUUGUAAUCCAUAUAGAAAACAUUCUGACGACCUGAUACAGAGAUUAGAGCAAGCAGGACUUGGUUAUCAUGUCAGUGCAAGGGAGACCACAGAUAAACUUGGCCAUGUCCCAAUGAGGCAUUUGGUUUACAGAGUGCAGUCCUUACCACAGAGUAUGUUGCCAUUAGUCUGGGACUUUGGACAGCUGAAUACCACUGUAGAAGAGAUGUAUAUCAGACAGAUGGUCCUGAGAUAUAUAAAAAAUGGCCAAUUGCCAUCAACACAAGGAUUGGAUACAACUGUCAGUAAAAUACUGACUGUAUCACAGGACUUCAUGAGAGAACAAAAGGAUGAGUGUAGUUUUGUAAGUUUACGAGAUGUAGAGAGAGUUCUACAGGUGAUGAGUUGGUUCUACAGUCAAUCGGAGGAUGAUGACAUAUUAUUCAUGAGGAUGAGAGAAGAUUCAGAAGAUUCAGAAACUGAAUCUGAAGAAGAAAGCAUGGAACUGGGACAUGUACAGCAUAUGGAUGAUGUCACUAGGUCAUUGGUUCUUGCCCUUGGAGUUUGUUACCAUGCUUGUUUGAAGAACAGAGAGGAAUACAGGGAAGUAGUGGCACAAUAUUUUACACAGCCUUUACAUUUAGUUGGUGGUGCUGAUGGUAUUGAAGAGGAAAUAUCCAGAUGCCAGUCAGUGUUUCUGGACAGUGUAGAACUGGCUCCAAACAUAGCAAAGAACCAAGCCUUGAAAGAGAAUGUCUUUAUGAUGAUAGUUUGUAUAGAAUUGAGGAUCCCUAUGUUCCUAGUUGGUAAACCUGGUAGUUCUAAAUCACUGGCCAAGACAAUAGUAGCAGAUGCCAUGCAAGGAAAUGCUGCACAUAAUGAUCUUUUCAAGAGCUACAAACAGGUUCAGAUGGUCUCCUUCCAGUGCAGUCCUCUGUCAGUACCAGAGGGUAUUGUAGGCACAUUCAGACAGUGUGCAGCCUAUCAAAAAGAUAAAAAUCUGGACAGAUUUGUGUCAAUUGUUGUGCUUGAUGAAAUUGGUCUAGCUGAAGAUUCUCCUAGGAUGCCAUUGAAGACAUUGCAUCCUUUGCUAGAAGAUGGAUGUCCUGAUGAUGAAGAACCAGAAAAAUAUAAAAAGGUUGCUUUUAUUGGUAUAUCAAACUGGGCUUUGGACCCUGCCAAGAUGAACAGAGGUAUUCUGGUACAACGUGAGGUUCCUGAUGUUAAAGAACUUACAGAAAGUGCUGAAGGAAUCUGCUCAACAAGUAAGAAGGUCUUAAAAUUAAUCAGACCCAUGAUACCAUUGAUGGCAGACUCUUAUUUAGAUCUGUUCAAAGAAGCAUCAACAAAGAUGAGGGAAUUCUUUGGACUGAGAGAUUUUUACAGUUUGCUGAAGAUGCUGUAUGCCUUUGUGUCUGCUUCAAGAAGGAAACCAACAUGGCCUCAACUUGAACAUUGUAUUUUGAGGAAUUUUGGAGGACUAGAAGAUGUGAAACCUGUUGAAAUCUUCUCUAAUAGCCUGGCACAUUUAGUGGACAAGACUGAACAGAAGAGAGAAGACGACCCAGAUUGUUCAUCAUCAGGAAUGAUACAGGCCUGUCUUACUGGAGAUAAGGGAGAUAAUAAAUCAAAUAGUGAGAGUAGAUACUUGUUACUACUGACAGAGAAUUAUGGAGCACUGACUGUUCUACAACAGAAAAUCUUCACAAUGGACAAUGCUGUUGUUAUCUUUGGCAGUAGCUUUCCCAGUGACCAGGAAUAUACACAGGUAUGCAGAAACAUAAACAGAAUUAAAGUUUGUAUGGAAACUGGUAGCACCGUCAUUUUGUUGAAUCUGGAAAAUCUGUAUGAAAGUCUAUAUGAUGCUCUCAACCAGUAUUAUGUUUUGUUCGGUGGAGAAAGAUACGUAGAUUUAGGACUUGGUUCACACAGAGUUAAAUGCAGAGUACAUAAGAAAUUUAGAUUGAUAGUAGUUGCAGAGAAACAGAUUGUGUAUGAUAAAUUUCCCAUACCAUUGAUCAAUCGACUGGAAAAACAUUUCUUGUCACUGAAGAAUAUGCUGACACAAGCUCAGCUAGAAUUAGCAGACAAACUGCAGGCAUGGGCACAACAUUUUUGUGAGGUUAAAGUUCCUGCAUACAUGAGAAAUAUGAGGGAAAAGAAGGACAUUAGAAAGAUAGGAGAUGCUUUUAUGGGUUACCAUGCUGAUACUUGUGCUGCCAUUAUACUACAUGUCUGUCAGGAGAAAAGAUGUAAUGAUGAAGCUAUACAACAGAUUGAAGAUGAGAUACUUAGAGAAGCUCAGUCUAUCUUGUUGUGGUGUGCAACCCCUGCAGCAGUUUUUCAACUAGGUGACAAACAUGGAGAGAUUUUUAAGACAUACUUUUUAGAACAACACCAUGAAAGUUUGGCUGAUUACCUCCAAUACAAGAUUGUACAACAACAGAAGCAUAAUAUUCAUGUUCAGAUUACCACAAAUUCCAAACUUUUAGCUACAGCAGACAUAGAGAUCCUGUGCAGGUUUAUACCCAUACAGAAACAGAAUAUAACAUUACUGACACUUCAAUCUUUUGAUACCGAACAACAGUUCAGCAGAAAAAUCAAAUCUUUUUUUGACCACACAACAACAUCUGAUAGCUUAUUAAUAGUACAGUGUGACUGUGGGGACCAGAAUGCCGACCUGAUAGCCUGUGCUAGGUACACGGUACAGGGAGAAUUACAACAGGUUAGGGAGGAACGAAUAUAUGCUAUCCAUGUGGUAUUCCUAAUUCAGCUUCCUGGUAUAGCUGGAGGAUGUUUUACUGGAUUCCAGUGUGGACUGUGGCAUUCUCUGCACAUAGAUGAUAUUCAUCCUGCUCCAGAGGAUAUACCAUCCGUAGCUGACAUGCAUGGGACGUCAGUCAGUGCUUUGUUGGCCUCUACAAAAGCUAGACAGGAAGACGAUAUGGAAGUAGAAGAGGGAAUGAAUGAACAAUUGAUGGAAAGAAUGGAAACAAAUGAAGAGGAAGUUGAUUUGAUGGACAUUCAGUUAGAAGUAAAGGCAAAUGAAAAAGGACAGAAAUUCAAAAGACAUUUCAAAAUUGAUAAUUUGAUCAUGAAAUGUUUACAGCCAGCCUUGGGUAAUGUUAAAGACCCCAUGUCUGACUCCUCCAGAGCUAUAGAUAGAUUGAAGAUUAUACACAGCUGCUUAAAACAUGAAGCAGGUGAAAUAACUGUAAUGUCUGGAAUAGCCAAACAUAUAAGUAGUAUACUAAGAGAGAAAGAGGAAAGCAUCGGUGCUGUAAUUACAAACUGGUUAUCAACAGAAGCAGCUAAACCUGAGAAUGUCAACAGGGCUGGUACAUUCAGGAAAUUUGCUGUUCAGUGCUUGGAAUCCAAAGUAAUUCCAAUAUUGGCUGGAAUAAUUGCAUUCAUUGAUACAAACAGAAACAUGGAUAUUCUUACCAACAAUUCAACAGAUAGCUGGCACAUCAACAUGUGGGUUGACAUUUUUAACAAUCCAGAUUUAACACAAUUGAAAUAUUCAUGGAUUGUCUCCCCUACUAGACAACAUGAACUUCAAGAAGUAGCAGUUAAAACUACAUCAAAAGAUGGGAAACCAUUUCCAGCUGUAAUGCCAUUUUCUUGGCUGAUUUUUGGACAAAUUGAAGACAUCUUGAGAAAAUCAAUUGACACAAAAGAAAGCACAGACAGCCAUUUUGAAGUGGUAAUGAAAGCAUCAGAAAUCUUCCAGUCCUUACCAUUAGGAAAACUUUUGUCAGGUGUAGAAGGUACCUACAUCCUGGAAGUACUGCAAUGUUACAUCAGAGACUUUGUCUACAUGAUUCAUCCUGUUCAAACUAAGUCUGAAUGUCAGCUUUUAUGUGAAAGUGUGAUAACAGGCUGCAGACAUCUUGUAAGAGGAGAAUAUGGAAGAUUAUUACCUUCUUUGUUAGGAUGUCACAUGACCUACAUUCUUAAUGAUAUGAGAUUUAAGAAUUUUGCAAACAUAGUACACAUAUGGCCAGGAUGCAGUCAGAGAAUUCUAGAUUUCCAGCAGGAGUCAUCCAACUUUUAUCUUGUUACAGACGAGGAAAAGACACUUGAUAUUCUAGCAUUACAUCUGUUAGUUCAUAACCUGGAGCCUAAUAAAGAAGCACUGAACAAACCAGAACCUAGAACCAAAUGGUUACGACAAGUCUGUGAUUAUAGACCAGUUGUUGAAAGAAUUUUUGGACAUUUUAGUCAUGAUGUAGAAAACAAGGAAUUUCAGUAUGGUGAGAGAUGUCAAAAAGGAAUAGAAAAAGCAAGAUACCAGUGGACUAGAGCUGUUGUCGUGAAACUAUUUAUAGAACAUGUUUGUACUGCUGGUAAAGAAGAGGUAGAGAUCAGAAGAUGUAUGCCAUUGUGGGUGACAUUGAGAGAAGGGGCAAAUAUGAAAGAAGUUCAGUCACUGGAAAAAGUUGAAAAGUUUAUCAAAACUUGUAACAAAGAUGUUGUUACACAGUGUUUUGGUCAACAAGUAAGAUGUGUUGGAUGUGAGAACCCCAUACAAGGAGCCCCUGUCAGACUGCCAUGUGAGCAUGUGAUUUGCAGAAAAUGCUUGCAGGAUUGCAUCAUUCUGAAGGAGUUUGAAUGUCCUAAUUGUCAGAAAGAAUUCCCAAAAGAUCUGGAUCCAAAAAAAUCUCAAAAGAGUGGUGAAAUAAGAAAGUACCAGGACUACAGAAGACGAUGUAACAGUUUCUUUAUGGAGGUUGUAUCACAGCUUUGUUUUGCUGAGGGAACACCUCCAUCACAGGAAGUCAUCGAGAAACUUCUCUCCUACAUCAUUGGACAUGUUGGGAAGAAGAGAGUAGAGAGAGUCGUGUCUAAAGAGUUGACAAUAUUUGAUGAUUCCAUUGACCCCACACCCGUUGUAAGGUCAUUUCUUCUACAGCAGUUGAUGCAAACAAGUGGACAUGAAAUUGAACAAAAUUUGUCAAGAUACUUUAACCAUGCCAGUGAAUUAGUCAGAACUACUGGAGAUCCACAUCAUCUGGUUGAGCUUUGUCAAUUGGUUCUACAGUGCAUGGAGGAUUCCCUACAUCAACAAUAUGUAAACAGAGAUGAUGAAGUUGCUAUGGUAACCCAAAUGUUACGAGAUGCUGUACCAAAUAUAGCACAGGAAAUACAAACAUUAGGGAAAAUAGACCACAUUUCAAAAGUCAGGUUUUGCCUGACUGUUGUAGCCAAGUACAUUUACAAUAUGUUUGGAACAGGACAGAAGAAUAGGCUGGAACCAGAUAUCAGAAGGUUGUUUGAUGCAGCAGCAAGAUUGUGUGAAGAAUGUGGGUCUCCAUGGCCAAGACGAUACUUUGUAAAGCAGUUGUGUAGAUGUUAUGGUAUAGACAGUUACCAGACUGUAUUGGCCAAAAGUGAUGCCAGCUUCUUAAGAUGGGUCCGUCUGCCAGAGCUGAAGGAGAAAAAGGUAGAAGAAUGUCAUGACAGAUACAUUGUAAAUGGAGACGAAUAUAAAGAAUUGAGAGAGACCAUUGUUACUACUGUAUUGAAUGAAGAUAGUGAAAAAUUACAGCAAUUACUACAGAGACCUAAGGAAGAAUGGCAGACCAGAAUAAAGUUGCUGUUAGCUUUACACAGAGAGAUCUCUAUGAAUAAUGUAUAUGGAGAUCAACCACAAAAGUUCACAGACAAGGGCAAAGAAUUUCUAAGUGAAUUCAUAAUAAACCAUGUCUUAAUUAAACACAAGGAAGUUCCACAAAGAAUUCUACAGAAUGCUCUAUGGAGAUUGCCAGGAAACAUCAUACCUAGAAUGUCAUUAGCUGAGCAGAAUAUAUUUUGCCUUCUUACUCACUGUUUUGUAUUGAUAAGAGAAAUUCCAGGGAAACACACCUUGCUGACGCCAUUGCUUAAUAUUGCUUUGAAACCUCAGAAAAUGGUUUCCUCAUAUUUACCUACGAUGCCUCAAGAUGAACUUCUAGAAAUAAAAGAAGCAGUUCUGGCAGCUAGAAGAAAUAAUGCGAAUGAAAAUCCAGUGUUUUACAGAUGUCCUAACGGUCACCCUUACAUCAUAGGAAAUUGUGGUCAACCAGGCGCUGUAGGUGUCUGCAAAGAAUGUGGUAGAGAGAUUGGUGGCCAAGGGCACCACCUUAGACCUGGGAAUGAACUAGAUGCUGGUGUCGACAGAACUGAAAAAGGUCAUGUUUUGGGCCCAGCAGCAAGACUUGGUCCUUUAAGGGCACCAGAAAGAAAGUUAAACAGAGCUUCAUGUGCUGUUCUUAGACUGUUAACCCACAUGUCAAUGUAUAUAGGUGCUAAUGUGAAUGAACAGGCAGCAUGUCAGACAAUAAAACCUACCAUACAGCAAGGAGAUGUUCCUCUAUUUUUACUUGAACACAUAGAUCUUGACCUGACCUCUAUCCAGAACAUUCUAGGGAAGAACAAAGACGAGAUCUUGGCCUUGAUUCAUUAUCUCCUGGCUCAAAUCAUGAACAGUCACACUUUAGCUGUUAUAGGGGAAGAUUAUCCUGCUAAAGUUUGUGGAUUAAAAGACAAAGAUUCUAGAUCUAAUUGGGAAAAUGAUUUCGCCAAGAGAUACAUUUUGCCUAUUCUACAGGAUAUGGAAAAUAUUUUGAAAAAAUGUAAUGAUGGGAUACUGCAAGAUCAAAGACUAGGAGCUGAUCCAUUGCUACAGAUUCUGUACGAGACGGACAGACCACAAGAAGCACAGGACAUUGUUAUGUUACAUGAUAUUCCAGCUGUAUGGAGAUAUAGAGCUAUGAUUACAGUCAACCAUCUCAGACAGAAUCUUGAUACUACAAAAGAAAAGUUACCAGUUCUAAGACUUUUCCUGAAAGAGGAACACCAUUUGAGAGCUGUCAGAUUUGUACCAAGCAUAAUCAGACUGCAGAAAAUGUUGAUACAGAAAUACGGCAGAAAAUUAGACAGACCUGAAGCUACAACAGUCACAAUUGCAGAUGUAAGAGUACAGAUGAGAAGAGAUAGAAGACUCAAAGAAUUUAAUCAUUUGUUGGAAGACUUUACAAAAGCUUGGAAUUGUGUAAGAGAAUCUCUUGAAAAUUAUGCAUGUCCAGCCAAUGAGAGUAUAGUAAAAGUGGAUAAAGUAUACUGUAGAACAGACAUUACAGAGAAGACUGCUAUAUCACACCUCAUACCAACAUACAGGGAUGCUGGCCUCAGUUCAUAUGUUCUUCUCUUUUUCCUGCUGAAGAAACAGAAUUUGUUCCUACAAGAGUAUUGUGCUCAAUGUAAACUUAAAGAGGAAAGUCUGCCCAAGAUUCAUGUGAGAGACAUAUCUGCAGCACAUCUGGUCAGCUAUCAUCCAGAUAGAGAUUUGUUACCAAUGGUAUUAGCUAAUUGUAACUACUCAUUUGAAGUGGGUCAGGGAACCAAAGUGGAAUACAACUUCACCAAUCUAGAGAGACAACUCAUGGAUAGAUUUCUUUUCUCCAAGUCUAUCAUAAACAACAUUAAUGAGAUAGAGACCAUCACAUACAGAUCAGAAUCUACCAAUGCUGUGGUUUUCAAGAGUUUAUGUCUGAGGGUUAAACAGGAAAGGUUAAAUCCAGCAGUUCAGAGUCAGAUUUGUGGAGAGUUACGUCUGAAAUCCUUACCUGAAUUGAAUGAGAGUAUGGACAAGUUGGAUGUUGCCAUCAGCUUCUUGAAGUCAGUUGGAUCUGAUCCAGAAAGUUCUUUGAGUAACUUCAUGAAAACAUUGAAGAUGGAAAAUCCAUUCCAUGUCCCUAAGGCACAGCAAGCCAGCAGAUGUAAGAAUACUAUGUCACUGUGGAUAACAUUUGCCAUGGAAAGAGCUAAAUACCUGGCUAGAUAUGAUAGGAAAGCUUUUGAAGGCAUAUCACAGAAUUUCAAGAAUGCAUUAACAGAAGAACAAAUCAACAUCAUGGAAGACAUUUUAAACAAACUGCCUCUAGAACAGAUUGAUGUUUUGGUGGAGUUACUUUUUGAGUGUAUUGUUCUAAAAAUAGAUUUCCCUCAGAAUAUGGAUGAUGAAGAUUAUGUUGAUAUGUCUAAAAUAUGUUUACGUGAUGCACUUAUUGGAUAUAUUGAUGCCUGUCCAUAUGAAGAAGAGGACCUAACAAUAGACGAUACUUUAAUGACAGCCAUUGGUCAGUUACCAUCAGACAAAGAGGAUCCCAACAGGAUACUGGCAGCACAGUCUAUAGAAGUCUGGAGUCUAGUCAAUAAAGUGUUUACAAGUAAACAAAGACAAAGACGUUAGAUAUCAUGCUGCUGAAAAAGAUACAAAAAAGUGUGCCAUAGAACUGUUUAAGUUCUCUCAUGAAGACCUUUUUACCAUAUACUUUGAAUCAGAUUUUUUUUUUGUAUUUUCAUGAAGACUUGUUUUCAUCUUUAAUUAUCUAUUUGCACUGUUUGACUUCUAUCAUGAAAACCUUUUUACCAUAUACUUACAAUCAGUUUUUUGUGUGUUCAUGACUUGUUUUCAUUUUUGAUUAUCCAUUUGCAAUAAAAUAUUCAUUCAUGCAAAGUUUAAGUUGUACUAUAUUUUUUUUUUCUGCAAGAUGAUUUGUAGGCUGUUGUUGAUCUUUUAGUCUUUCAUCUUUUGGCCAUGGUGUUGCCUUGUUGUUCUUUCUUUGAUUUGUGGUUUUUGCUUGCCUUCUGGUUUCAACUUAUUUUAUUCUAUCAUGAAUAAUAUCAGUUCAAACAAAGCUGUUAUGUGUUAUACCUAUAUACUGUUAAAAUCAAAACAUGUGACACAUGUCAAAUUAUUUUUUUUUUACAUGUAUGUAUUUUAAGCACAUAUCUCAAUCAUAUAUGUGUCUUAUAUGUUGCACAUGUUUUGGAUUCAUGUGAUUCACAUAAAUGAUUUUUAUGGGCACAGAUAUGUAAACAAAAAUUCCAAAUAUGUAAUCAAUUGUAAGUUUAAAUAUUGUCUUCUUAGCAACUGGAAUGUAUGAACUUCUUUUUAUAAUAUUGGGAUCACAAUGUGUACAAAUAUGAGACUAAAAUGUGAAAUAAGAUGCAUAAUAUUUUUCAAAAAUUCACUGUUGUAAUUAUGAUAUAUGACAACAAAAUAUUGUUUGGAACAUUACUGGUGUCAUUUUGAAUACUGACAGCUUUCAUGUAUUUUGCAGUAUUUUUAUGUAUAUCAUGUAUAUAGAGGACAUAGAGUUAUUAUUUUCCCUUGUGUAAAAGUUUUAUUGUAAAACUAGUUUAAUUGAAAUACCAUUAAAACUGUAAGAUAAGUGAAAAAUGUAAAUUGGGUUGUAGUCUAGUUAAUUUGGAAUAGUUUGGCUUAUCAUGCUUUGAUCUGGAGUCUGUAUAAAAGAAUUUAUUUUGUAUGCCUCAUACAUUUUUUUUCAGCCAGUAUAGUGAGUAAUUGUCUUUCAUAAGUUGUGCAAUACAUAUAGACUGUAUUAGUUAGACUCAUUUUGUAACAUUUUCAUGUUUUAUUUUAGAAUAGCAAUAAAGAAAAUAUACAUGUAGCUUUAAUUUAAAUAUGAAAUAAUGUUGACUUUUGUCUGUACAUUCAUAUUGCAAUCACUAUUGUUUCUUCAAAUUAAUCUAGUUGAAGUCUAGUAAUAUAAUCCUUAUUAUUUAUAGAAGGCUUACAUUUAUUUUUAUGCCCCACCUAGGGGCAUUAUGUUUUUCGGUCUGUGUGACCGUUCGUCUGUCCGUCUGUCCCGCUUCAGGUUAAAGUUUUUGGUCAAGGUAGUUUUUGAUGAAGUUGACGUCCAAUCAACUUGAAACUUGGUACACAUGUUCCCUAUGAUAUGAUCUUUCUAAUUUUAAUGCCAAAUUAGAGUUUUUACCCCAAUUUCACGGUCCACUAAACAUAGAAAAUGAUAGUGCGAGUGGGGCAUCCAUGUAUUAUGGACACAUUCUUGUUUAGUUAUUUUUCCCUGUCUUCAUUUAAAUGAUUGUUUUUAUCCAUAUGAUAAUAGAUUCCAUAUUAUUAUUUGUUAAGGUAUUUCCCUUUCAUUCCAUGAAAAGGAAAAUAUGGUUUUGUAAACUUUCUGUCUCAUACCCUUCUAGACUACCAUCCUUUCAAACAUUCUAAUGUAGCAAUAGAAAAGUUUGUUUUCUUAAAUAAUUUUAUCUUUAAUUCUGUCUUCUUGUAAGUAUUUUUUGCUUCCUUAAAUAAUUAUUUCUUUGUUUCCGUCCCUUUUAAGAAAUCUCAGAUUAAAAUACCCUUAACAACAUGUUGGUUGCAUAUGAAAGUUUUACUUAUACAAUAUAUGGUAUAAACAUUUUGUGCCGAUUUAUUCAAACUUACCUAGGAUCAUGUGUUGUAUGUUGUUGUUUAUCUUUGUAAGUAUUUUGUGAGAGGAGUCAGUUGUUAGGGGUUGGGGAGGAGUCUGUUGUUAAGGGUUGGGAGGAGUCUGAUGUUAGUGGGUGUGGUCUGUUGUAUGGUCCAAUAGUUUUGUUAAUUCCUGUUAUCCUUUUUAUGUAUUAUUAGUUACUGUGGCAGUGAUUUUAUAUAUCUGAAUUCUAUAUAAGAGAAUUUAAUGUGUUAAGUCAUUCUUGCCAACCAAAAAGAAAGUGAGAACAAUUAAUGACCACAUUUUUUUGUCAUUGCAUUCUCCUUCCUUUGAAAUUUCUAGCAUGCAUGAAAACUUCACAUUAAUUUUAGAAUUAACAGUACAAUUUUUGUACUAAUCUAGAUAAAAAAUAAUAGACACAAAGGUUUAAUAAGUAAAACACUGCUUUCUCUUGCAUAACAUAGUGUCCUGAUUAUGAAUGAAAUAAUUUCUUCUGGAUAGUAAGCAACUAGUUAAUAAUUAUGUUUAAUCAUUGUUUUACUGUUUUUGAGAUCAUGUAGUUAUUUGUUGCUUAGGUUUUGUUGAAUAUAUUAAGUUGUUAUGUUUGUAUGCAUACAGUCCAUAUGUGAUAAAAUGAACUGUAUGGAAUUGUGCUAAGCUUUCACAUAAUAAAAUGUUUGCAUGUUA